GUCUUAUUAGGAUGCAAAGUAAAGACAUAAACCUUAAAUGUUCAGUUUCGAAUCAUGAUGCUCUUGUACAAUUAGUGUGUUUUGAACCAGAUUGCAAAGCAUUUAGAUUCUUUUGUAUUUAGUGUUAAAAGGAUGGAAUUCAUCAAAAUCAUCUCUAAUAGUGUUUUGAAUUACCUAUUUUGUUUGAGUAUGUGUAAAAGGUUGGACAAGAAUGUGAUAAUCUCCUAGAGAUAUUAAUUAAAUAAUGGAAUUCAAUAAAAAAUUAAUUUUAAACAUUGAUUGAAGGUAUCAAGAAAAAAUAUAUCAUCUCAAAUACAUCCUUGAUUUAGCUUAAUUUUUCGUUGUUGAAUUAAACCUUAGAAGAAUUGAUAAAUUUUCAAUCAUAAAACUCUUUGAUUAAGAAUAAAAUUUAAAAUACCUUAUUUGAUUUUAUUGAAAAAAUAGACAAAGUAGAGCAAGAAAUCAAACUACAUGAAACACCAAUUCCAUUUCAUCUAUCUAAAUAAGACAUAGAGAAAUCAUAAGAAUUAUUUUAUAAAGGUAUUAUAAAUCUAAUAAUUUAGGAUAUGAAUUAUAUUAAGAUAAUGAUAUGUAUGACGAAGCUAUCGUCAUAUUAGAUCAAGCAAUCAAUUUAAAUCCAAAUAACUGCCAGGCAAUCUGGUGUAAAGGUAUAAAAUUUAUAAAUUUAUUAGCUGCUAGUUUAAGAAUGCUUGGGUAAUAUAAAAAAGCAAUUAUUUGGGCUGACAAAGCAUUAUUGUUAGAUCCAAAACAUAAUUUUUCUCUUUAUUGCAAAGGUAGAAGGUUAUUUGAUAUUUUAGCUGCAUGCUUAAGAAUGUUGGAUCAAUAUGAAGAAGCAAUUCUUUGGGCCAACAAAGCAUUAGCUAUAGAUCCUUAAGAUUGUUUUGCAUUAUCAUGUAAAGGUAUUUACAUUUAAAUUCUAAAGGAUCUUCACUACGAUUGCUGAAAAGGUUCAACGAAGCAAUUAAAAUUAUUAAUGCAUCUUUAACUAUUAAUCCAAAUCAUUUUGAUUCAUUAAAGGAGAAAGGUUUUCAUAAGAUUAUGUAUAAUUUAGGUGCAUGCUUACAUGAUGAACAUUAAUAUUAAUAAGCAAUGUUAUUCUACGAAUAGGCUUUGAGGAUUUUUCCAGGUGAUCAAUGGACCAAAGAUAGAUUAGGUAUAGAUUCCAAUUAAUUGAAGAUAAAUGUUUGCAAGCUCUAAAGCAAAAGUAAAAAUGAUCCCUUUUCAA